CUCCCUCCCUCCCUCUCUCUCUCUCUCUCUCUCCCCGUCUCUCCCUCGGACAUCAAUAAACUAAACGCAUCGUCUUCCGCCCACGACAGAGUCUUUCAGUCGGUCGUUCGUUCGAGGAAGUGUCGAUCAGUUGCGCACCAGUAAUUUCGUAUUGCAGAUCAGUCUCCUGCCUUCUCGCGGUUGGAGUUGCGCGCGAGAGCUCCGGACACGUCAGCUGCUGCUGCUGCAGCUCGCCCGAGCUCGUGCCUGCGGGAGCCGAGUAGGUGACAGCAAAAGAACAAUUUGCGCCCACGGCUUUCGGAGAAGAAGUCGCGCGUCGCUCGCCGACUGCUGCUGCCCACUGGGGUCGAUCUCGGUCUGCGAGGGUGUCGAGGGUCGUCUCUCUUGCUCUCGCUCUCUCUCGAGCGAGGUGUCGGUCGAUCUUGCGCGGCGGCGUCCGAGCGGGGCACAGGCUGGGCUCCGGCGAAGCUAUGGAGUCGUAGGAAGCGCUGGACGCUGCGGUGUAGAUGGUGCUGGUGAUCCCCGGGGGAAUCCACGAUAGCCUAGAGGUUUUUUAGAGUUUUUGUCGAAAUGACGUCGGGCACUCGCCUGCCGACAUGGAAGGAGAGAGAGAAUAAUAAACGACGCGAAAGACGCAGGCGCGCCAUCGCUGCGAAGAUCUUUCUUGGGCUCAGGUUGUAUGGCAACUACAAGCUGCCGAAACACUGCGACAACAACGAGGUUCUCAAGGCCCUCUGCGCGGAGGCUGGCUGGACAGUGGAAGAAGACGGAACCACGUAUCGAAAGGGCACGAAACCGGCCGCGGAGCGAAUGGAUGUGUGCACGUCGCCAUCGACGAGCCCCACCUCGUCGUACCCCGGCGCCAACGAGGGCACGUCGCUGAUACCAUGGCUCAAAGGGCUCUCGUCGGUGAACGGACAGAUUGUCGGGGGCAGCGGGGGAGGCAGCGGCACUGCCAGCACCAGCAGCAGCACGGGGCUGCCGCCGCUGCACGCCAUGCACGGGGGGCCUUCGAGCGCGCCCAUGACGCCUCCGCUGAGCUCGCCCACGGCGCGGAUGCCGCACGUGAAGCCCGAGUGGGACAAGUCGAACGACGACAUCCCCUCGGCCUUUUGCGCCGCCGUGAGCGCCUGGACGCAGCCGCACUUCCUCGCGGGCGCCAGCGGCGGCGCCAGCGCGGGGCCGCCCCCGUUGCGCCCCGUGUGCGAAUCGUCGGACGUGUGCCGGGGCUCGCCCUCGGACGGCGGGGACUCCGAUCCGAGCCCCAGCGCCGUGCUCGAAUUCGUCAGCGGGUGCAACAACAGCGGCAAGUGGACCAACGGCGUGCGCGUGCGCAGUGUGUCGCAGGCCGGCUCGGCGCUGGGGCUGUCGGGCUCGGCCUCGCGCUUCCCCGGGGGCAUGGGGCUGGGGCCUUUCCCGAGCUCGCGCGCCGACUCGGGCAACGAGCCCUUCAGCACCUUCCCCUGCUCGCGCGCCGACUCCGGCAACGAGCCCCUCUCGGGGGCCUGGCGCCCGGGGCACGUGCAGUCGCCGCUGGUGCAGAGCCCGUCGACCAGCAUCAGCGCCGUGCUCGAUUCGGGCAAGCGCGGCGGCAGCAGCCAAGAAGGCCUCGGGAAAGGAUUGGAUCUGGAAAUGUCAAGCUCGGCCCAGGUUGUGUCCAGUCGGCCCUCGGGCUGGGAGGUCGACCGCCUGUGCGACGACAUGGAGAAGAAAGACGAUCUGGAGUUGACGCUAGGAAGCUCAACUUUGCGAGUGAAAGUCAAGUCGGAACCGCGAUGUCGAUAGGUAUAUCUGGGGAUGCGCCGGACCCCUAGUUUUGUAACAAAGAUAGCGGGUUAGAGUAGACGAGAUCUGGGGCGCUGUCACUUCCAUCAGGCAGACUGGCACCCGAUGCCUCCAAAUUUUGUAACGACGAAUGCAUUGUCCCGUGCAAUGUGUUUGCUAGGUAUAGGAAGUGGCGUUGUGCUUCCGUCCAGCCCAUAAUGCAGAGAACCUUGCUUCCCCCAACAUGGAUAGUUCCAAUGGCAGAGGCUACACGAUGGAUCGAUGGACGCUCACCGGAGUUCUUCCUGUAGUGCUUGGAAACACCGUGAGCAUGUUCACUUUCAUGUACCAUAGUAGAUCGUUAAGCCAACUUGGUCUUCCCUAAAACAAAAGCUUGACUACGCUUGGCCGCGUGCAGGACUACUCACUUCAGCGCUUGUUUCCAAAGGCUCUGACAUAAACUUGUCUUUAUAUUUUGGUGGAAGAGUUUUCACUAGUUAUGGUCAAUCAAUCUCU